GUUUAAUUCAAAUACAAAAUUUGACCAUUAGUACUAAUAAUUGCAUAACAGUUGUUAUUUGUUUUAAGGAUUUAUUAUAAGCAGUGGGUCACUUAUGAAAAUAUGAUUUUUAAGUAUAAAAUGUAAAGAUAAUAAAAAUGUAUGUAAGGAACAAUAGUUCCUUUUGCAUGUUUUUAUAAAUAUUUUAUGCGUGCACACGAAAGUUAAGAACAAAUAGUAUUUUAUUACAUAUUUUGUAAAGUAAAAUCACGUGUGUACCAGAGCCGUCCAACGUAUCUAUCGAAAAUACAAAAGUGAAGCUAUAUGUUUCUUCUGGAUCUGAAAUUUCAUUAAUAAUAUUUUACAUGAUAUACUCAUAAAGUUCAAUAAUGUCACUUUCAAAAGGUUAAUACAACAUAAAUAUUGCCAAUUCUGACUCUGAAGUAAAGUCAUUAUCUAAUUAAUAUUCAGAAAAUAUCCUCAAUGCUAUAAAAAUAAUUGCAAAACAAUGGGUUUAUUACAUUCAUGUAAAAUUUUGAAAAUAGUAGACGUUUCAUUGUUCAGUGUUAUUAAGUGUAAAUAAUUCUUGUCAGCUGUGAAUGUGUUCAGUAUCAAAUAAUGAUACGAGAACUAACGCCGGAGUUAGCUAAGAUAGCUGAAGAGGAGUUAAAUGAAAAACCAACGCAGAUAGCGGAUGACUUGCGUUACUUGAAAGAAUGGAUCGCUAAGCAGCCGCACUUGAUCGCAAGGACAGACGACCAAUGGUUAGUUGGUUUGUUGAGGGGCUGUAAGUUCAGCUUAGAAAAAGUGAAAAAGAAGUUGGACUUGUAUUAUACUCUGAAAACCACUGCCCCCGAUAUCACUUUGCGAAUCAAACCAACUGAUCCGAAAUUUUUGGAUUUUCUCCGAUUAGGGACUUGCGUUUUUUUACCAAAACCUAAAAAUCAGUUAUAUCCUCGAGUGCUCCUCAUCAGACCGGGGGCAUAUGAUCCUGAGAAAAAUCAUGUGGCUGAUAUAAUGUGCAUUUUAUACUAUUUAGUUCAAAUCGUUGUCUUGGAAGAUGAUGUUGCCACUGUCAUUGGUACAAGGAUCUUGGUAGAUUAUCAAGGAGUCACCAUGAGCCACUUUUCACAGGGUACACCGACGGUCCUUAAAAAAUUGGUGGCUGUAAGUCAAGAUUCAAUGCCUUUACGUCUCAAAGGCAGCCAUCAUAUGAAUAUGCCGUCCGGUAUUGAGAUGAUUUUCACUCUUAUAUCCAACUUUUUAAAUGAAAAAGCCAAAGAAAGGUUAAAAAUCCACAAAACGCACGAGGAUCUGUUUGAUUUUGUUCCUAAAGAAAUAAUUCCUUCAGAAUAUGGUGGAGACGGUGGUACUAUCUCAGAGAUUACAGAAUAUUGGGUGUCGAAAAUGAAAGAAUACAAGAAUUGGAUGCAGAAAGAAGAGCAACUGGGAACAGAUGAGAGCAAAAGGCUUGGACAAUCAUUGACAAAAGACAAUUUCAGCACCGAAGGGUCUUUCAGAAAAUUAGAUAUAGAUUAAUAUGUGAUUAAGUGCAAGUAACCAGUAAAAAUGUUUCAUUUUGUAGUAUCUUUUUUUUUUAAUAAACCUUUAAUUUUAUUUUUGCAAAAAUGAA